AUGCCUCUCGGAAACUUUGCCACCAUCCUCCCCUUCCUGUCACCUUCUUCUACGCCCUUUCGCGCCCCUGUUCCUUCCUCUCCCCCCUCUAAGAAGGAGAAGAAGGAGAAGAAGAAGCCGACGCUGAGGAUAUGCUUCCCGCUCAAGAUCCAGCGAGGGGCGAGCAGCUGGUGGGAAUACGAAGAGUUUCGGAUCCAGUUCCGGGAUAGGCUCAUGUGGCGGCAGGCGUUUGGGCUUGAUGCUCGGGAUCCGCAUGAUACGAUGAGCUUUUAUUCUUCUUCUUCUUCUUCUUCUUGCUAUUCUGGUUUUGAAGGAAGAAGUGGUGAGGAUGAGGUUGGUAGGUUGAGGCUUUUGGCUGGUGCCAACUGUGGGACGUUUUACGAUGAUGUCGAUAGCGAUGUGGGCGACGAUGUUGUUGAGGAGGAGGAGGAGGAAGAAGAAGAAGAAGAAGAUCGAGGUAUGAAGAGCCGGUGGUCGUUUUCUUCGUCUUCGGUUCAUACGGAGAGGGCAGAUGCUCGAGCGAGUUUCGCUUCGCAAGCUGUUUCGGCUAUGUCUUCGAAUAGACUCAUGUAUCUCAUACCCCGUCUUCUCUUCCUGACGAAACGCAAUGACAGCAGCACGACAGCGAGUUCUUCGUCGAUGCAUAGUCCGUCGACGGAGGAGCAGAAGCUGAGACCUGCACCUCUGAAACUGAAGUCCAAACGACAGUCCUUGGCUGAGAGCGCUGGUGACAAGGCCGCUAUUCGUCCUCCUCCUCCCCCGCCACCCCCUUUCGGCACUCCCUCUUCUUCCGCCGCUCUCACCCCGGAAGCAGCAGAAAUCCAGCACCAUCGUAACAUGACCCUUCAAAAACUCGAAGGAAGCUAUCUCUACAAGACAAAGGAGCGCUACCUCUCCACCUUUCGAAGCAUAUUCCGCACAACACCCAACAAUCCCCCAACCCCCAAAGCAACACCUCCCACCCUCCCCCCCCUCCGACCAAACUCAUCCUCCCCACAAGCAGAUCCAGGAACGUAUCGCACGUCCUCUCGAGAAUGGGCUAAUCUGCGGGAUGAUAUAGUCUGCGGUCUGUCGGCUGAUGACGAAGCCUUGUUUCCGUUCUUUACGGAUGAUCAGAAGGCUACGUUUAUGCGUGUCAAGCAGGAAGAGGGUAAGUUCAAGGUGGGACAUGGGUCGCUGAGGGACGGUGGUGGUGGUGGUGGUGGUCGUGUGAAGGAGGCGUUGGAGAGGAUUGAGGAGAGGAACUGGGAGGAUGUUUUGUUUGUCGAGUUUGAGGAUACGCCGAGGGCGAUGAGGUGGUGGUAUACGACGAGGGAGCCGCAGGUUUUCGAAUGGGGGGUGCAUAUGAUUUGA